AUGUUGCCGGGCCAAGUGGUGACAAGGAAUCACGUGCAAGUGAGCAGUUUGGUCUAUGACGAGCCUCCCUCCAAGCACACUCGUUAUAAAGUGGGCGGUGUCCUGUACCUCCUUUUGACCGCCACGGGGUCGGUGCUUUACCUCGUCGUGGUCUCCCCCAGCAUGUCCAACGACUACUGGUGGCCACGCUUCAAUACAACCAGCACCCAAACGUUCAUUGCGGACCUGUACAACUUCCUGCUCACGACCCCUACGACAGGCCCCUUUGACCUCUUCGCUACCACCUCCAUGAUACGCAAAGACUACUCCAGCUCAAGCACGUUCAUCGGCAUGCACUCGUCGGCGGCGCGGGCGAUUCUGCUGCGCCCGCUGGCCCUGGACGCCGUUGUUCCCAUCCUGCGGUCUGUCGACUUGUUUGAAAACAUGCGCACGAUGCCACCGCCGUGCUGGCUAGACUUCAACCGAACGUUCGAAAUGGCCCAUACAGCUCGCCACCAAAUCUUGUGCAACGACCGCCACCAGAGCAACGCUGCCUUGUACUUGGAAACGUUGCUACGAAACGUCGACUCGACAGACUUGUCGUCGUCCCUGUACCUUGAUCCCCUUCAAAGUACCAUUUUCCAUGUAGUCGAGGCAAUUUCUGUUGACGGCGUCCGAUGGAUGGCUCGGACAGUCAACCAUACGUGGCUGCCUGUGGCCCAAGAAGUGGCGUUGUGGCAGGCCCAUGGUCUAUCGUACUUUCAAAACCAGCUACAAAAUCUCUUCCAUGAAGGCUUGCGGAACACUGUGACCAUCGUCAGUGCCCUCGGCAUGCGUGGAUACGUCACCAUCCACAAUAUUCCGUUUGAGAACAGACCCAAAGGCGCGUGGUCCACUGGGUAUGCCUACUGUGGAUUCUGGAACGACUUAGAAGCAGGUGCCUGGACAGCAACAAGCCUGAUUCGAUCUGCGCCAAAUGCGUUUGAAGUGAUGGGGAAUGACUGGGACGAGUAUUACUGUGGCACCAGUGGCAACGCCGCCACGGCUCUGAUCCGAUCGAACCUCGGGCCUCUCACAACCAUUGACAUCUACUUGGUAUCGCUACCUCCCGUUCUCACAGCACUCUAUGCCACCUUCUUGAACCAACUACACAACGCUGUCAUGCUACAGCACCAAGCGUAUAUGCAGUUGACCGAGCCAACUCUAGAGGUCCUGCCUGCAAGUUGGAAGCACCAAGAUGCAGUCUACUACGGAGGCAACCCCUUGUGUUGUUAUGGGAACCCUAUGCCUUAUGUCCAGCCAUCGUUUGGAUACUACGACGACUGCGGCACCCAAGAUCGUCACGUGAUCAACAUGGCUCGAGACAGUGUACUCUUUGCCAUGUUCGCCACAGUCAUCACAUCCUCGGACCAAUUGACGUCCGUGUGUGCCCUCACGACGGGGCCGGCCAUGUUUACUUCAUGCAUGCAAUCCCUUUUGCCAGCUUCAGCCGUGUUUACGACUCUUCUGAAAGCCCCCCUGGAAGCGUUACGUCCCCAACUGACCCAAACAUCCCAAACCAUUGCAGGGCUCAACGUCAGUUUUAUCCAGUGGGCCACCAUCGCUGGCGUGGAUCAAGUGCUGCAUCAGCCCAUGAUCACCUCUUCUUCUACUUCUUCUUCGUGGUCGUUCAUUGGGUGGAUGACCAUGUUUGACUGGGCCAAUGGCCAAAGAGAAGUGUACUCGUUCCAAGGCGACCUCAACACGUAUGUGCUCAUGUCUCGGCCGAAUCCUCCGCUGCAGCUGACUGCUAACGCUGGAGAGUUUCCCCACAGCGCGUGUGCGUACUUUUGGGUCGUGUGCAGCUACAUCUCGGUGGUCUUACUGGGGGUGAUUGGCCUGGUCCUGGUGUACAGUGCGUGGAGUGGCUUCCACAUCGACGGCCGCAACCUGUUUCGAGUGAAUCGUGUGGUGGGGGGCUGUUGGGUCGGCCGCCCAUUCCUCUGUCUCCGAGGCCUCACUGCCAUCCUCGUCCUCAGUACUUCAAACGUGGACUUUACUUCUACGGGCGGUGGGUUGUCCCACUUCUCGUUCAGUCGGCGGCCCCUGUGGCAAACUCUCGUCCUGGCAGGGGAAGUGUCGUGGAUCACAUAUGUGUUGAACGACAUCUUGCUGCCCUGGACCCGGCCCUUCUCGUCGCAGUACUCGUAUCUGAGCAGUCUCUUGACGUGGGUAUCUGCCAUCUACAUUGAAAGUGCCAGUCCGUACAUGGCCCAAGCCACAGUCUCCACGAACUGCUCCAUCGUGUCCUUCAUGCGAGGACUGGAAUGCACCAGCGGCGAUAUCCGCAUCGGCAGCCUCCAACGCACAGGUGUGCUGCUGUUGAUCGUGGGAACUUCCACCGUCGUGUCGUACGUUGGAGUGGCGCUGGCGUCCAAGCUGGGCGCUGCUCGACACACCUACCAAGUCCCACCCAAUGUACUUCUCGCUAGCACAUCGGAAGCCUUUUUGGCCCACCCAGUCAACAACUUUUCAUCGCUCGAUGCCGCCGCCUGUGUCAUGUCUGGCAUUCUUCCCUACGGAAACAGCCUCUUUGACAUCAAGAUCUGGGUCACGUUCCAAGCCAAGUUGAUUGGCCCCCUGACGUACUGUCUGCUUCCGGCGUCGCUGGACAUCCGACCCCUCGAACCAGGCGAGGCUAAGCGGAGACGCCGAGCCUUCCACACUCCAACCCAGCCAAAAUCGCCGUUUAACAUUCGAACCGUGGGGCUCUUGGGGCUGUUUUACAUGGUGGGGGCGGUGGGGCUGAGCUUUAUCUUCCUCAGCAUCUCUCGCACGACCCUCGAGAACGACUUUGUCUGGGUCGGAUUCAAGCAAGCCAAAGUCCAAGUGUUCUUGUCCAACUGGUUCAACUUGAACCUCCAGAUGGCCUCCCCCACUUUGAACUUCCAAGUCAAUUCUGGGGGCUAUGGCGACUACGCCACGACCAACAACAGCACCAAACUCAACGUCCUCUCGUCGGCCCUGUACGCCAUCGCCAUCCAGGACGAAGUCAACACGCUCGCGAAUGUCGUGCGUGGUCUGAGACAAAUGGACAGCUGUUUGCUGCCGUGGAUAGCCACCGCCUACUGCUUUGCCGACCUCGGUCGGGUGUACGAGAUGGCCCACAGCGCCACGAGACAAGUCCGAUGCCACCAGAAACAAGUGUCCAAUGGAGCAGUGUACCUGGAAACCGUGUUUGGCAAUGCCCACUGGGUCCCGUUGAACGAAUGUUGGGGGGCAGCACUGGACGUCGGUGUGUUUUCCUCUCUUCGAAUGACCAACGACGGAGCUACAUGGGUCCAAUCCAUUAAAUCCAAUGGACGGUCAGAAAGCGAUGAAGUUCAGUGGUGGCAACGUCACAAUAUCACUCGGUUUACAACCCAGUGGCAAAACUACAAACACCUAGGCAUGACCGAGUCGUUCUUUGUGUCCAACGCCAUUGGGCUACAGUACCCCCUCACCCUGAAAAAAACCAAGACAUCUUUUCACAUUCCCGCAGCCACGGCAUUCAAAAUGAACUGGAGCUUUGCCAAUGACUUGACUGGAGUGCUAAUGGCCAAUGGCAGCUCGAUCCUGGCUGGAAAGAGUCUGCUUCGUCAGAGUGCAACGUAUGCCUUUGUCAACUCGACUAUGGAAUCAGCCAUGGUCGAACAAGAGACUCUGCCAUCGCCACUGGACCCAGCUUUAACCCAGUUCGAAAGGGACAUUGGGCCGUUUGGCGUUGUGGACAUGGCGCGUGUAGCGUGUCCCCAGCUCCUUCUAGACUACUACCGAAGCCUGUAUCGAACGCUGCUUGGCAAAGUCAGCUCAGGGGACGACGCCAUCCAAAGCGCGUUUUGGACGAUGUACACGUACAGCAUGUAUUCAGCUUCACCUGCGAGGUGGGAUACCAAGCGACUAUGGGGCGGGGACAUCAAUUGCGGAGUCAACUAUGGCGGAUGGGCUACAGCUCCAUUUCAAUACUUCAGCUCCAACGGCAUUUGCGGCAAUUUCUUAACGGAUUACCAAGGCGUGGCCACAGCCAACUCGAUCAUGGCGACCAUGUCCAUGGCUUCGUUAGCCAUGGAGUUCCCCGAUUUACACCGGAUUGGCAAUAGAGAUAGUGUCAACAGUGAUACGAUCGUUCAAGCUCUCAACGCCUCAUUGGUAUUUGCGAUGAUGUAUUACACACCAGCAGAACUAGCUCAGCAACGUUCCAACGCUCAAGUGGUCCAAGUUCACAUUCGAGAUGUUGUCCAGCUGGAGCUGGUGCAGUACAUGAGUGACGACGACGACGCAGCACCCAUGGAAUUGUCUCGCGUGAAUGUAUUUGACCCUACAGAACCAAACUUUGAGUACUUUGCGUGGCUGUACCUAUUCGACUGGGUCGAAGGCAAGCGGGAAGUGGUCACGUUCCAAGGCGAUGUUGGUCAAGUAACCACCAUUUCCACCGUGCAAAAUUACAUCGAGCGACCAGUCGACGCCCAGGAAGUACCUGUGAACGCGUCGCUGUACUUUAUGCUGCUCAUCCAGUACAUUACGGUGGUCUUGUGCGGUGUGGGGUGUCUGGUGUGCGUGUACAUUGUCACCAACCGGGGGUACAUAGAAGGCGUCAACAUGAUGAGCUUCUCCCUCGUGGCCGGCCACGUCUGGAUCGGGCGGCCGUUCAUGCUGCUGCGGGGGCUCACGGCCAUCUGCUUCCUCUCCACGGCCAAACUCAACCUCGUGCGGCCCCACGACGGCCUCGUGUCCUUCUUCGACUCGCCCGACCGGUCAUGGCUCAUGACGCUGCUGUCGUCGGGGGAGAUGGCGUGGCUCGUGAAUGUCAUUCACGACACUUUCUCCGUCCUCACCAAACAGUACACGGCCGGAUGCUUCUCCAAAAGUGCGCUCAUCGUGUGUGUGUCGGCCGCCAUGUGGAGCUUUGCAGCCCCCACCAAGCACUCGGUGUCUAUCUCCCGAAACUGCCACGUCCCGGCCGUGGAUUUCGAGGUUGAAUGUGUCAGUGGGGUGGUGCAGAUCGGGGACUUUGGCCGCUUUUGCGGGCUCAUUGGACUCGCCUUUGGCACUUGUUUGGGGACGUACGCAGUGGAACGACACCGACUGUCCAAACUCCAGCAGCCCACGUCGCACUGGUUGUCGUUCUUUCUGUAUUCGGCAGCCAAACACAAAUUCGAACGCACGAUCCAACGGAAUUGGGAACACGACGGGGUAUAUUACCUCGACAAAGCGUCUGCCGCACUGACGGGGGUCUUGUCAGUUGAAUAUCGUGGAGCGCUGUACAUUUUGGACAUCAAAACGUGGCGGGUGUAUGUGAUCUCCCCGGAUCAAUUGGCUGCGAGGGGCGUGAACUUGCCUCCGCAUCUGCAGCAUGCUAUCCCUUUGGUGGAAUAA